ACAGUUAACGUUAAUGCAUUCCUGAUGAGACAACCGCAUUUCCAUGUCAUUUGAAUGUAGCUAGUGCUGGUGGUAACGUUACAACACCUAGCUGUCCACACUCAGCAUUAUUUGUCCGUUGUUUCUAAAUGCUUAAAAGGUAGCUAGUGACCAAAUAUACUAGCUAAAGUUUGUGAAAUAAUAGCUACAGACAGUAGCUUCUAGUCGUCUAGCCAAAGCAAAUUUGCAGACUUGCUGGGAUUUCCCUUCGUUGUGGUUACCAAUAGUCACCUUGACGCUUUACUUUAGCUAGCUAGCUAACAUUAGCUAUUACAUUUGCUCAGAUUUAACGCUGCUGCAGUCAGAGAAACAUCAUGGCUAAACAGAAGAAAGGGCAGAAGAGUUCAAUUGAUGACAUGUUAGGAGACCUGUUGGGAGAUGAUGAUUUCCCAGUGAAGGCCAAAGCUCCGGCCCGUGAAGCAGGCAGACUAGGACCUCCUCUACCAUCACGCAGUGGAAAACGCUCACUAUUGGGCGACGACGACUUCUUCAGCAAACUGGCUGAGGAAGCUGAAAAUGAUGAGGGCUCUGAUGUUUCUGAGGCUGAUCCCACAGCCUUACUGGAGAGCAUGAAGGACAUAGAUGAUAUGGACGCUGAUCUCUUUAGAUCAAAGAAAAAGCCCAGUUCAGCCCCAGCUCAGAGUAAAGGCUCCGGCAUUGGAGGACCUACGAAAAAUCCUCCUAAAUCAGGAAACAAGUUAAAAGGAGGAGGAAUCUCAGAUGAGCUACACAUUGAGGAGAAGAAGCCAAGUUCUGCUCCUGCAUCGACAGCACGUGGCUACCAGAGGUUCAGCUUCACUGACUUUGAUGACCCUUUGGCUGACCUGUUAGAUGAUCUACCCAUAGAAAACAAAAAUGAGCCAAAAAUCACCAAAAAAGCUCCUACAGAGAAAUCAGUGCUGCCCCCAGACUCCCCUAUCAUAAAGAAAAAAGAAACAGCCUCACCAGCUCCAGUUGCAAAAAAGCGGGACGAGCUUAUGUUUGAUGAUGACGAGGAUGACCUAAUGGAUGCAUUGGGGUUUGGGGAGAGUCCCAAAGAGAGCCCUAAGAAGAAUGAGACCGUGCUCAUACCAAAGAAUGAGAGCAGCAGUGAGCUCCCUCAAAGAGCACGCACCAGGCUAGAUGAGAUUCUGGGGCGUGGGACGUCCCCUCGCCUUCUGGAGCGCCCUCCAACAGGGGAGAGGAAGGACCCUCCGCAGCAGCAGGAAAAGCAGAAGCAUCAUCAGGAGACCCCCACUACUAAAGACCCCUUCCUAGAAGAAGACCUGACGUUUGGUUCCUAUCAACCUACACUGGUCACUACACCUGAGGGACGACACUCACGCAGACAGUCGGUCAGAUUCUCCACUGAGGACAACAGUGCCUCUUCUCCUGAGAAGAAACCCAAACCCAUCACCCCCACCACACUCACCCCUACCUUUCCCCGGCCUGCUGCAGACUGGCUGGGGCUCUCGCAGGAUGAUGAUGAGCAGGAAGAAGAGCCCCCGCCUGUACCAGAACCCUUGAAGACCCCCUCUUCGUCAGUGGGAAGCAAACCCUCCUCGUCUGGCAACCGCAUUCCACAGCCAUCGACAGAGACUCCAAACACCUCCUUCAAAUCCCCCAAACCAGUAGGACCCAGUGUAGAGUUCUCUGCAAGCCAAAAGGACGAAGAGGAUUGGCUAUCAGGGGCAUUGAGCAGGAAGAAGACUCAAUCAUCCACACAGUCAGAGGAAAAGAGGACAACCCAGGAAGACUUUCUGGGGUUUGGAGACGAGGUAGAUCUGGAGUCGUUUCUCAGCAAACGUGGUUCUUCACCAGCUUCCAAGAGGAAGGAUGCAUCCACCCCCAACAAGGAACCAGGAGAUUCUCCUCUGCCCAGGGAGCCCUCCCACAGACAGCCCAGCCCUACUGCUCACUCUACCCCAGUGAGAGAGGACCAGUUCAGGCCUGUGCCACAGCAAAGCCAGAUGCAGAACACUGCACCUGUUGUCCAACCACAGGUGUCUCUUUCAGCCAACAGUUUGCAACAACUCUUACUACAACAGCAGCAGUUGGAGUCCCAGCUGCUGGGGUUAGGGGGAGCUGCGGAUGUAGCUGGGCUGCAGAGACAGAAGAGAGAGACUGAGAAGCAGAAUGGACAUCUAGCUUUACAGGCCCGCAUCAUCAAACUGGAGGGACAGGUGAGAUCUCUACAGCAGGAGCUAGACCAGAACCAGAUGUUGCUGGAGAGUGUUCAGCAGAGACACAAGCAGGACACUGAGCUCAUGGAGAACACACACAGGGCUCGUGUGAAGCUGCUUGACGAUUCCGCGGCACAGCGAGAAGCACGGGCACGACAGGAAUGCGAGGACCUAGCAGAGCGCCUAGCCACCGUCACACGUAUAGCUGAACAGGAGCGUAUGGAGCUGCAGGCAAAGCACCAGCGCAGACUGGCCCAAACCCAGCAGGACAGAGACCGAGAGGUGGAGCGACUCAGAGACCUACAGAGGAAGUCUAUUUUGGAGAUGAAGAAAGACCACGAGGAUCAGGUCCAGAGGCUGAAGAGAUUGAAGGAUGAGGAGAUUGAUGCUGUGACCAGUGCCACAUCACAAACCAGGUCCCUGACAGUGGUGAUUGAGCAGAUGGAGCAUUUCUCCCACAGGCUGGGGGACCUUUCGUCUCGGGUGGAGAGCACCCAUGAGAACACAGCCCAGGGGCUGGAGCAGGGGGCACGGCAGAGAGACGAACAGCUCCGAGUGAUGCAGGACCGUCUGGGCCAGCAGCAGAGGGCCAUGGCAGAGGAGAGAACAAGGCUCAAAGAAGUCAUCGCCAAGAUGGACACCCAGCUGGCUGAGCAGCAGAGGCAACUAGAGAAGGUCAGGAGUCACUCAGAGGAGCGCUGGAGAGUGAAUGCAGAGCAGGCUAAGGCCGACUCAUCUCAGAGAGGCCUGGACGAGGAGAGACGCUCUCUAACUCAGCACAUCAGCAUGGAGAGAGAGGAGCUGGAGAGGGCAAAAAGUGCCCUGUUGGAGGAGCAGCAGCAGGUAAUGCAGCGCUGUGCAGAGGAGAGGAGGAAGCUGGCGGCUGAGUGGACCCAGUUCCACACCCAGGAGAAGCAGAGGCAGGACCGGGCAGAGCGGGAGGCCAGCCGGGCACUGGAGAGGGACGCCCACAGAGAGGGCUCCAUCAUCAGCAUGGCACAGGAACAGGUGGACCUGAAGCUGCGUGCUGGGGAGCUAAAGCAGCAUGAGGCAGCUGUAGCACGGGAGAGGGAGGCUCUGGAGAGACAGAGGGAGGAACUGGACAAGGAAAAGGAGAGGCUGAGUGGUACAGGCCUGCAGCUGAAGACACGUGUCCAGGAGGUAGAGGCCUUCAGCAAGCUGGCAUCAGAAAAAUAUAUUGAGGGGGAGAAGGCCCUACAGGAGUCCAGACAUGUAGAGACUGAGCACCAGACCAGGCUGAGGAGCAUCCACUCCCAGAUGGAGAGACUGAGACAGCAGGAGCAGCACCUCCAUCAGGUCAAUAAGUGGGGGGUAUACCAGCCAAUCUCCCACCAGCCUCUGCUGGAGAGAAUGAAGAUGACUGAGCAGCUUAGAGAAAUGGAGAGACUCAAGCACAGCCUUCCAAUCACUCCUUUCCCUCAAUCUAUGGACCCUAUAUUCACAGAAUUCAGACCAGUGAUGGCCUCCACAAAGGCUGUUCGCCAGCCCUCACCCCAGUUUUCUAGUCCGGAUUCUACAGAGCUCCAGGCCAGAUUGGCCCUGCUCAGACACACAGCAGAGAAGGAUCGUGACUUUCUGCAGGACGAGCAGUUCUUCCUGGACGCACUCAAGAAAGCACCUUACAAUUCAGCCUUUCACACAGAUUAACUUUGGGGCUUAGAGCCCUGUGACUUUCUGGUUUUAAGUACACCAUUAAACUUGACAUUCUUUAA